AUGCCCUUCCCACCAGCCCCUCGAGCCGUCCUGGCAAAACGCUCCCUCCUCCGCUCCGUCUCCUUCUUCCCCUCCACCUCAUCCUCAUCCAAACCCGCCUACAAAGCCUCACCCUCACCCUCAUCCUCACGGACCUUCCCCAGCGCCUCCUCCUCCGUCCGCACCCUCACCACCAGCACACCACUCUCCUUCCCACGCAAAGGCAAUGAAGAUAGAGAAAGCAUGAACACCGACUCGGAUGAGUACACGAAGAGCGGGACGGACGAUCUGAGUGCGAAGCAGGAAGAGGCGGCGUUUGACCCCAAGGCGACGAAGCCCGAGACGGAGCGGAAGAUUGCGGGGGAGUCGAAGGGGGAUAAGAAGGAUGAGGGUAAGGGGAAUCCGUUGGAUGUUAGUCCUGCGAAUAGGGAGGUUAGUCAGCAGAGGGGGGAGCAGGAGUGA